AUUUUUUCGCAGCCCGCAGCAACUAACGACUUCGACACAUCGAUCCACGCCGACACACCCAGUAAACAGGCAAGAUGGGUCACCCCGCAGGUCUCCGUGCUGGUACGAGAUACGCCUUCUCUCGGGGCUUCCGGCAGCAUGGCCAGAUCAGGCUGUCGACCUACCUGAGACAGUACAGGGUUGGCGAUAUUGUCGACAUCAAGGUCAACGGUGCUGUCCAGAAGGGUAUGGCCCACAAGGUCUACCACGGCAAGACCGGCGUCAUCUACAACGUCACCAAGUCGGCGGUCGGCAUCAUCAUUUACAAGAAGGUCAAGCACCGGUACAUCGAGAAGCGCAUCAACGUCCGCAUCGAGCACAUCCAGCCGUCGCGGUCACGGGAGGAUUUCCUGCGCCGUGUCAAGGAGAACGCUGAGCUGAAGAAGAAGGCCAAGGCCGAGGGCAAGCCGGUGCAGCUCAAGAGACAACCCGCCAUGCCCCGCGAGGCCCGGACGAUCUCCUUCAAGGACAACAAGCCGGAGACUGUCGCGCCGGUUGCGUACGAGACCACGAUUUAAGAGGCCUCGGGUUGGAGUGCUGGAUCUGGUGGGGUUAGAUAUGGCUUGCUUGUUUCUCUCUGCAUGGGGUUCAUCGCGUUCGGCACGGAAGGAUCUCCUGCAUGGAAUUUGGUCUGGGAUGCGGGAGUGCUCAUAGGAAUUAAAAUACCAAUGGCAUGACCAACAGCGGCUCGCAGCACCCUGUCUAUCCGGCAUCGUGCAACUGUGGAGCACAGCCCGGUGCAGGCGACUCUGUGCACCGACGGGAGCUAGCGAUCAUCUUGUUUAGGCCUCAGACAGAUGUCCCGGGCUCGCUCUGGCCCGGGCAUUGCUGCCCACGAGGGCGGCAUGGGACAUCCCAAAAUCAACGGGAAAAAUUUAAGAGCAAGCCGAUUCUGAC